AUGUCUUCUGCAGCCAAUCCUAUCAAGGUCGUCGUUGUCGGCGGAUCUUAUGCUGGAAUCAAUGUCAUCACCCAGCUCCUGAGCUCGCUCAAGUCCUCCAAGAAGACCAUCCACAUCACCCUCGUCGAAAAGAACGAUGCCCGCUUCCAUAGAUUGGGCGCAUUCCGUGCCUUGGUCGAUGAGGAGUACGGCAACAAGGUCUGGAUCCCCUACACUGACCUAUUCCCUAAGGGUUCCCCACACCGUAUUAUCAAAGAUUCGCUCGCCCAGGUCUACCACCACCACGUCGUCCUCCAAUCCGGUACCACUGUCCCCUUUGACUACCUGGUCCUUUGCACGGGUUCCAGCAAUUCCGCCACUACAGAAUACACCGCAUCCUCCUCUUCUGCUGAGGCCAUUUCAAUCACCUCCAAGGCGCGCGCUGAGCUCACCAAGAGUAAAAGUGUUGUCGUCGUUGGUGGUGGUUCCUCCGGAGUUGAGCUCUCGGGCGAGAUCAAGAACGCGUUCCCCGAUAAGAAGGUCACCCUGAUCCACGCGACUUCUGCCUUGGUCGAUUACCCUGGUUAUGCCGACAGCCUGAAAUCCUCGAGCUUGAAGCACCUUCAGGGACUCGGAGUGAACGUCGUCUUGAACGAGCGCGCCCACAUCGAAGGUCUGGACUACGAGCAUCCGAUCCGUAACGGUCCUACUACCAUUCGUCUCACGAGCGGCCAGACCAUCGAAUCUGAUAUGCAGUUCUAUACCGUCGGCAUCAAAAUCAACACCUCAUACAUAUCCACGCUCAAGCCUGAGGGCCAGGACAACUUUGACCCAAGCACCCUGGUCCACCAAGACACACAUGUCAUCAAGGUCCGAAAGACCCUGCAGUUGGCCAACGAUUCCUUCCCACAUAUCUUUGCCUUGGGCGAUUGCGCCGACUUUUCCAAGGUGCCCACCGCUGCUGCAUGCAGCUCCACCGGCCCCACGGCGGCCAAGAACCUGGUGGCGUUGAUCGAAGCUUCUGCCUCGACCUCGACAAGCGACAUCCGGGCUGCCGAAAAGACUGCCAAGCUGGCAGAGGCAUCGGGUUCACCAGCCUUCAUGAUCCUCGCGACUGGACCCAAGACUGGUGUCACGAGCCUGCCUUUGUUCGGCAGCAACUUUGGUAACUUCUUUUCAAAGCUGAUCAAGUCCAAGGAUUUGAUGCUGAGCAGUAUCAUUGCAGGCAUGAAGACCAGCACCAAGUAG